CCAAACUCAACUCUCAAGGCUUCCCCACCGGUAUCAUGCAGAUCCAGGAUCCCGCGAUAAUUAGACGCGACUAUCACUCGGAGCCACACCCAUCAAGACUUCUGUUGCUACGAUCUAACUUCCACCGGUACCUUUUUGAAAAUUUAUUUGAGGAAGCACAACUCUUGUUGGCAUUAUCCAUAUUCAAGUAGUGCUACUGCAGAACAAAGAAAUUGAAGCCACACCAUGCCCAAGUUCCACAUCCUCGUAGCAUGCCGCGACCUCAAGAAUGACGAUGGUUCCUCGGCCAAGGUCUCCAUCAUCCGCGCAGACUCCGAUGAGGAAGAAGAUAUUGGAAAGACCAGCGAACUCCUGGGAGAAGCACCCGUGUUUGACGAAAUGCUGGAAGUUGAGUGCAACAAUCUCGACGGCGAUAUACUCAAGGUGACCUUAUUGGAUGAAAAUGAUCAAACGCGAGGCGUGGGCACCUUUAACAUUGCCGAGGUCCAACAACACGAAAAGAAACUGGGGGUCUUGAACAUGUCGGCCGGUCGUGGAACCAUCGUGGUGCAUGUCGCAGAAAAGGUACAAGAAGGAGCCUUGAGACUCAUCCUCAAGGGCAAGGAUCUCAAAAACACGGAAGGAUUCACUAAUUUGAGGAAACCAGAUCCCUUUUAUGUUCUCAGUCGGAAAGGAGAUGGGGACGAUGAAUGGACCAAAGUCUUUGAUUCUGGUGUGGUCAAGAACAGUUUGGAUCCAGAAUGGACGGAAUGUGAAAUCGACGUCAAAGAACUUUGCAGUGCCGACUUUGAUCUUCCUCUGAAACUGCAAGUGUUUGAUGAGGAACGUGGUGAUACUCAUGUCAUUAUAGGAUCCUGCUUCAUCACAGUCAAUGAACUCCUCGCCAUGGGUCCCAAUGACGGCAAAGAUAUUGCCGAAAAGGACGAGAAAACGGGCGAGCUAUUCGUGGAUGGCUGUGAGCUCGCCGGAGCGUGUGUCAACAGCACAAAUGAAAUCAAAACGUUCUUUGCUGCGGUCGGUGAUGCCCUCAAGGCAAGAUCAGCUGCCAAUAGCAAACUCGAACAAAUUGAAACACUCAAAGAAGAAGCUGCCGCGGCCAAAGAGGCUGCCGAAAAAGCGCAAGCAGAAGCCGAACAAAAGGCGCAGGAAUUGGAGGCGGCAGAAGGAGAACUAGAAAGUGUCGUGGCAGCAGCAGAGGCUGCAGAGGAAGUCAUUGGUGGUCUGGAAUGAAAUAGUUAGAAAGAGUCAGUUCGUAGAGAGAGUGAGAGUCAAAAUAAAGGAAUGUCCUACUUUGUCAAUUCAAUCAACAUAUAUGUGUGCUGGAAUCACAGGCUCUGACAGAACGCACCAACCAUGCAACAUGUCACGAACUGCUAACUGGUAGCUAGAGUUUUAUUUUUAUCGUGUAAGUCUAUCAACAGCUACCAGCACUGUAGUUGGAUGCGAUGGCAAAUAGAUACAAUUAGGGAUGGCGGGGAGGUCCUUUUGGGUAGAGAAGCCGGUUUUGGAACCUUGACACGUGUACUAGUAGUUUCUGUUAGAUUCACUAAGCUCUCUAGUUCACCAUUGUCGUUGCUAUUGAGAUACUAC